AUGAACCACCAGCAUGUCUCCCUUCUUGACUCGCAGAGCGCAGUCGUCUUUCUCGAGUCCAACUUCGACCCCGGCGUCUCUGCAUCAUGGGGCUCGGUCCCUCCUUGUCAAGUCAACAAAUGGGACCCACGCGAGAAGCACUGCUUCGUCACCGGAGGGUCUUCCGGCGCCGGCUUCGCGCUAGCAAAGCUGCCGUCCGCAAGGAACGAACGCCAGAGUCCCGGUCAUGUGCUGAAGGCGUAUUCCUUCGCCGUCAACUCCGAAGCUGGCUCCGCAGCCGCGCUCGAGGCCGCCUACGCACCCUUCAAUGGUCGCGCGCCCGACGCCGUCUUCCCGUGUGCCCGCUCGUCGCGCCCGGGUUUCUUCAUUGAGUUCGGAGAGGAGUCGCUUAGGCAGGGGCUGGAGCUCACGUACCACGCUCAGGCGUUCACAGCUUUGGCGAGCUACAGCUUCGCGUCUUGGGUACAGUACGGGGUGUUGAUCGCCUGCAUCUCGGGCUGCGACAAAGUCCAUGUUGGGUACGCCGCCUACGUGUCAGGAAAGUUCGCCCUGCGAGGGCUCGCCGAAACCCUCCACUCCGAGUUCAAGCUGUACGGGAUCGACGUCCACAUCGCGUUCCCAUACACGAUCUACUCGAAGGGCUACGAGGAGGAGAACCGGGUCAAGCCUGCGGUCACGCUCAAGAUCGAGGAGACCGACAGCGGAAACGCGCCCGAACUCGUCGCCGCCACCAUCCUUUCAGACACCCUUCGUUCCGAGACAUCGGCGGUUUGCUGCCUCAUUUUCCCCGUGCAUCAUCUCAUGCGGAAGUAA